CGCGACCCCUGGCCAGAGCGCGCGCGCGGCGGUUACCGUCGCGACUCGCGACGUCGCCCCUCCUCUCCUCGCCGAUAAAUAACGCGCCGCGGGGGGCCGGGCGGACGCCAAAUCCGACCGCCCAGGCUCUCGCAGGACUCGUGCGCCGCUGCCCUCUCACGGUCGCCCCCCGCCUCUCGUCGCGGCGACGCCACAUAUGGCCAUGUACCCGAAGCAGGUGGAGGAGGGUGUGGCCCCGCUGCGGGGCCAGGCGCCGCCACCGCCGCCGCCGGCCACGGGCUUCCCGAUGAACGGCGGGGGCGGCUACUACCAGGCGGGCGGCGCGACGGCGGCCCUGGCGGUGCACGCGAAGGCGCCCGUCGCCGCGUGGUCCACCGGGCUCUGCAACUGCUUCGACGACUGCGGCAACUGCUGCGUGACGUGCCUGUGCCCGUGCAUCACGUUCGGGCAGAUCGCGGAGAUCAUCGACCGGGGGUCGACGUCGUGCGGCACCAGCGGGGCGCUGUACACGCUCGUCAUGCUGCUCACGGGGUGCCAGUGCGUCUUCUCCUGCUUCUACCGCGCCAAGAUGCGCGCCCAGUACGGCCUCCGGGAGAGCCCCUGCGCCGACUGCCUCGUCCACUGCUGCUGCGAGUGCUGCGCCCUCUGCCAGGAGUACCGCGAGCUCAAGAAGCGGGGGUUUGACAUGAAGCUAGGAUGGCACGCGAACAUGGAGAGGCAGGGGCGCACCGCCGCCACCAUGCCGCCGCAGAUGCACCCCGGGAUGACCCGCUGACGAUGCCACCGCUCGAUCGCCUCUGUUGCGGAUACCAAAUGCUACACAUGGCCAGCCUGCAUCAAUUCUAUUUCUAUCCCUAGCUGCUUCCGGCUAUUGCUGCGCGCCCGUGUAUAAUUAAUUAAGACAUGGCCUACUCUGCUAGUCUACUAUGAGCUUGCCAUGUGAAGGAGAACUCUCUGUUUGGUAGCUCUGAAAAUUAGGACUUUUAGCUGGCGUCACGGGAACUGAUGCAAGUUGCUUUGACUCGAGUGUACUCCAUGGACAACAAAAGAGUUGGCUUCUUGCUUGUUCCCCUUUGGACAACAGUAGAAGAGUAGAGUUGUUGCUUCUUGCUUGCACCCCUAGCACGCCGCUAGAAUUGCAACAAGAGAAUAAAUCCAUAAUCUCGAUAUAGCUUUCAAUCCAUAAUUGUCUCAGAAAAAUGAAAAAUCCUAGGUUAUUAAGAUUUUUCUUACCAAUUCUUAUGAAAAAUUAUAAAGAAUCUAAGGUUUUCUUUC